GAAAGAGCGAGCUAAAAGCAUGAGUGCGUACUAGUUUUCUGAAUGAAUUGAGAAUCCGAGUCUUGCGCAAACAGAUAAGCGAAGACAAAAAGAACUUGGUGCGCGUGAAUCGUGAACCCUACAAUGAAGAAUGAAAUGUAAGAAAAGCCAUUAACUCGCAGCAGUGUCAAUAACAAAGAGGAAUAAUGUGAACUUUUCCUUGUGUGCAUAGUGAGAGCCGUUGGUGCGAACUGAAUGUGUAAGGAACUGAAAAACCAUCCGGAAAUCGCGAUUUUUACAAGAUGUCCGGACAACACAGUCAAGGCACCCCGGCCAGAAUACCGAAAUCUUCGCCGAGUUCGGGGAAACAGGGCCCCAUGAAGGCUACUAUUCCCAUGUCGUCGGUUUUAAAACAAAGUAGCACACUAAUAUCAGGUAACAGCCCGGCCGUGUCCCCAACUUAUUACUGGAAAAAUAGGACUUCUCCUGACCACUCAUCUGGACAGAGAAGUCCUGGCUCCUCUGCAUAUAAAGGAAAAUCUAAAACUAUGAGGCCAUGCAGUUCAGAUGGCACUAUAAUAAGAAGGACAGCUUCUUUAGACACAAUUUAUCUGAAAGGCCAGUGGCCCAGGGACAGUUUCUAUUGGCACACUGGUAUACUUCAGAUAGAUAAAGCAACACAGACAGACGAAUCCGAUUGGUUAGAUCCAAGAAAGAUCCACAGUAUAUCAGAGACAGAAGAUAAAAUAGAGAAGCUUACUAUAAGGCAAAAACCUAGGGGUACCAAAGAGACAAACGGCAAACACCUCUCAUCAGGAGAUAAUACACUGAACAGUAGUUCACAAACUUUGUCCUCUUGCAUAUUGUCACCGACCUUCAAAGCAACGACGGUCUGUAUACCUAUAAAACCAAUACCAAAAGCGUCAAUCCGUAGCUCAGUGGAAGGUUUGAAUCAGGAGAUCGAGAGGAUUGUCCAGAAAACUGGAGGCGAAUCUCAUAGUAGUAGGAGCGACGAUUAUGAAAAGUUUUAUCAGAUCACUCCGGAAGGACACAGGGCUCCUUUACCUGACUUAUUUAGGAGUACGAGGUCAAGGUCUGUAAAUACGCAGACACCUCAGGACUUCGGGGGCAGCGGCCAUUCUUCGGGGCCACCUACCAGAGACUCUUCUCCUCUCAUGAGGAGGCGAUACAUGGACUCGCCAUUUAGUGAAACAGGCGACAGUGUGGGCUCCAGUCCUGACCAGGAGACCAACAAGCUGGGCACCUCUCCCCACAUUAACAAAUUUCUGGCCCGAGAGCCGCCCGAUGGUUGCGAGAAAGUCCACCUCAAGUCUUUGGACGAGACGAAGUAUGUACCUCUGGAGCACGCCCCUCAGCCAUGCACUUUCAAACUCAAACCCAGUCUCGGCUCGGCUUUUCAUAUUCUACAUCCUAACAUAAGUAACACCGUAGAUCAAGACUUACCGUUAGUGCCCCCUCAACAUGAACUUAACUAAUCUUUUCAUUGAGUUUUUUCUGUAUGGAUCGUUUUGUACGAAAUCGACAAGUUCUCGGUUUUACAACUCAAAAUUCUGUCAAAAAUUGUUUUAAAAUUUAAGCGGACUUGAAAUAUCAAUUUUAGACGUCAAAAUAUUUUUUUGGGGGAUUUUCGAUAUUUGUCUUAAAAAAAUAUCACUAGCUUUAUGUGAAACAGGGUAGUUGAUGAUAAUAAUCAAAUUUGGAUCUGUUUAGAGACGAGCACAGGACGAUCCGUACGAUUCACCACUCGAUUACAGCUCAGUAAUGUAUAAAAAAUAUGUUACGAUUUUGGAAAAUUAUUAUUACGUAGUUAAGUACAUUCCAAAAAGAAUUUUUUCUAUUGAAUUUUAGAGGAUUGUUUAUAAGAAUUUAAACUAGUUGUUAAUCGUGGAAUGAACUGUAAAGAAGCUGUGAUUUUUUAGUAUGAAGGAGACAGAUUUUUCUAAUUUUUAAUAUUUUGAUUAUCGAAUACCUAAUAUUGUACGUAUAAUUCAUAGAUUAUUUUGUGGAAAUCUCUUACCUAGAUUUUUCUAAACUCUAGGAAUUCACUAUUGUGAGUUAUUUUUUAAGGUAUUAAAAUUUUUGUGUAUGUUUAACAUAUCCAAUAAACAGAC